CUGGGAACGUGUGACACAGACUUUGCCGAAGCGCAUGCCCAGUUUUCUUCGGCAAUUAUCGUUGUGGUGUAAGGGGAACAAAGAUGGCUAUGGAUCUAUCCGCCAUUUUCUAAAGUGAGAUAGAAUCAAGUGUUUUUUGUAAUUAUUGUUAAAAUCCGGCAGAAUUUUGGAUAUUUUUUCUUGUACCAUUUAAAAGAUACUGUGAGAAAUAUUAUAAUAUGGGUUUUCAAAGGGUUUAAGUGAUAUUCUGGCGUAAAUCGACCAGUUAAAAACGGCGUCUUCCUUGAAGAGACAGAGUGAAGAGACACCUAUUCUUCAAUAUGUUUGAUCCAAACGUUAUCGCAACUACAACCCAACAGUCACAAAUACAGUAUCAACAAACGCAACAGCAACCUGAAAAAGACAAAAAUGGACAAGACCAAAAACAGGAGAAUUUUAGUCCAUUCUGCUAUGCCAAUGUUAAUAUGAUACAAAAAAUUGCUCCCCAAACACAACAUUCUACUGUUAAUAUGUCCCAAUUGACUGACGACAAAUGCUAUAUAACUCAACCUGCAUUCAGCUAUAAUUAUGCAUUGGUAAAUCAGAAUCUACUUACUCAAAACGCAAUAUCUAAUAUAACUUUUAAAUGUGAUGUAUGUGGACUGAUGUUUGCUCAUUUAAGUUUAUUAAAUCAUCAUAAGAAAGUACAUCAUGGUCAAACCGAUCAGCAACAACCUCAACAGCAACAAAUUACUGUUCAGUUAAUGUCCACUCAAGUUCAGCAGGCCCAACAGCCAACUCAAAUACAAAUUGUGUCUGCUGAUAGAAUACGAUAUUCGUGUGAAGAAUGUGGCAUGACUUUCAUCAAUCAAACUGAACUAAAAAAUCAUAAAAUCCAAUCCCAUCAACAACCACAACAGCAACAACAAGUCCAAGCACAGUCCCAGCAAAGUACUUCUCAAGGGAAUACUUUAAAAAUAAAAAAUUGCGAAACUUGCGGUGCUCCGUUGCCUCAAGAUACUAAUAAAAAAAGGGCUGUUAUGAAAGUAAAAUGUGAAAACUGCUUAAAUGCAGAAGCAAUACAACCACAAAUCUUUGUAGUGGCAGCAGCUCCAGAAACUCCUACUGUUAAGUUUGAGGAAAGUUCGACGGGGACUCAGACUCAGUCUACUUUAGGUACUCAAAAUUCCAUUCCAAUUGGCAUUAAAAACAACCAUCCAGUAAAACGCCGUGGUAUUGCAAGCGUAACAAAAUGUACUAAAUGUAAUGGUAGUGGCAUAAUUUUUAUUGGCGGUACAAAAAACCAGCAUAACAAUGCCGAUAAACCAUUUCAUUGUAACAUAUGUAAUGGAUCCUUUAGCAGAUACUCAUCACUUUGGUCUCAUAAAAGACUUCAUACUGGCGAGAAGAAUUUUAAAUGUAAUAUUUGUGGACUGGCUUUUGCAAAAGCAGCUUAUUUAAAGAACCACUCGAGAAUUCACACUGGGGAAAAACCAUACAAGUGUAAUGUAUGUGGAAUGCAAUUUUCCCAAUCACCUCAUCUUAAAAACCAUGAAAGAAUUCAUUCUGGGGAACGUCCUUAUGUUUGCGAAGUCUGUGAUAAAUCGUUUGCGCGACACUCUACAUUAUGGAAUCACAGAAGAAUUCACACAGGCGAAAAACCAUAUAGAUGUGACAUAUGUAGUUCAUGUUUUAAUCAAGCAACACAUCUGAAGAAUCACCAAAAAGUUCAUUCGGGGGAAAAACCCUUUAAAUGUGACAUCUGUUCUGUUGGAUUUUCAGAUAGAUUUGCUUUAAAGAGACAUAGAAAUAUACACGAGAAAUAUGGUAGGACGAAACCAAUGCAUGACGGUAACAAUCCGACAAGAAACCUCACAGGAGAAUCGUCAGCUGAAACGUCCGUUCAAACUUCCCUGCAAGACGGCAGGCUUCUCGGCGCAGACCAAUGAUAUAAGAUGGAUAUUACAGAUAAUUGAAUCUAUCAAGAUGGACCGGGGGGUUAAACCGACCCUCAUCGGCCAACACAAAUUUAGACGAACCGGGUUACGGUUUAAUAGAAGCUCAGAGAAAUAGAAAAAUUGAUGUCUUGUAUAAAACUAACAUACAUAUCGUGCGAUUAAAUAGGUUUAUGAUCAAUCGGACUUUGACUUUGACAGUUUAAAAAAUCCCAUUUUUUUGUUAUUAUACAAAGCAUGUUUCACAUAAAACUUUUUUCAUAAUAUAUGCACAUGAUAUAAUAUGUUUUAUAAUCAAGCAGGCUUUGUGUGAUGGCAGGUGAACAAUUCUUAUAGGAAAUAUCAUUAUAAUUUUUAUACUGUCAAAGACCGCUUUAUCAUAAAAUGUUUUGAUCGUAAAGUAUCUAUUCCAUGUAUGCUUACUACUUGGUUAAGGUGUAUUACAUGUUUUUAUUUUUUUUAUUAUAUUUGACAAAAAUUAUAAAAUAAAUAUUCAUGAUGAA